UUCGUCAUUUCUCCAUCGCUCUCCUUCUCUCUUCAAACACAAAACAAGAAAAACAAAAGAAAAUCAUAUCUUCUUCUCUUCGAUUCUCUUCAAUGGCGCCGAGAGAGAAAGCAAGCAAGGUAGCAGGGACAGGACUGGAGAAGGAGCCUCAUUUCAGAGGCGUUAGAAAGAGGCCAUGGGGCCGGUAUGCGGCCGAGAUACGCGACCCUGGCAAGAAGAGCCGCGUCUGGCUCGGCACCUUCGAUACAGCCGAAGAGGCCGCACGUGCCUACGACGCUGCAGCACGUGAGUUCCGUGGAUCCAAGGCCAAGACCAACUUCCCCCUUGCUCCACACGACGUCGCCAGCCCUAGCCCAAGCAGCACCGUCGAUUCAUCCAGCCCACCUCCCCCGGCUUCCAUCCCUCCAUCCCAGCCCUUGGAUCUCGAUCUCCUCCUCCACCACCGUGGCGUCGCCGCCCCCGGCCGUCCAGCCGCCUCCGGCCCCUUCCCCUUCCACCACCUCUUCUACUUCGACCAGAUCGUCCGAUCGGAUAACCGCUGCAACCAGCACCGCCCGAUCUGCUACGAUCGAGCGGCCGACUACCAUCCCGGACUCGCCGGCAGCGUCCAUAGCGACUCAGAUUCGUCCUCCGUUGUCGAUCUGCAACCGCCACGUAGGAUCUUGAUGGAUUUGGAUCUCAACCUUCCACCACCUCUCGAGUAGCUUAACAUCGCUGACGGUUUUGAGAUCGAUAUCAGAAAUUCGGUCCUUUUUUCCCGUUUUUGUCCGUAAUUGUUUUUUGUUUCUUUGAAAAUUGUCCUUUUUAUAUAUAUAUUUCUUCUAGAGGAGAAAGCGGAUUGUGUAAAUAGAGGUGUCGGCAAAUCGCAAUCCAAUCGGAUUUGGUUUUUGCUCUUGAGAAAUCUCGAUUUCUCUUUGAGUUGUAAUUGCGCCUGUAAACCUCAAUUAUCUUCUCUAAUGAAAUUAUAAUCUUGAUUACUCUCUUAA